AUGGGCGCCGAGUAUUGGGGUGCUGCGGUGCUCCUCAUGGUUCAUUAAAUAAAAUAUAUAAAUAUUUAAUACAUUAAUAUUGUACAUGGGAAAAUAAUUAUAUUUAAUUAAUAUAUGUUUUAGGUUUUUUGUUAUUUUGAUGGUGUUGUCGACGACGACUGCGACGAUAAUGUUUUAUAUUUAGGUACGUUUUAAUAAAUCUAGCAAAAGUAGAAAACUAUAUAUAGUAUAUAACUAGUAUAUAACUAUAUAGUUAAUCCUAAAAAAAUAAAUACAUCUAUUAUAACUGAAUAUUAUGGCUCUGAUUUCGAUUGGGCUAAAUUAGAAUUACAUCGCUGCAAUAUUAUGUUAGAUGUGGCUAAAGCAAAAGAGUUUAAUUUAUCAUCAGUGUCAGACGUAAUUUAUUUUUAAAAACAAGAGUUGUAUACAUACAAGAUUUGGUACCAGAAGUGAUUAAAUUAAUUUAAAUUAAUUUCAUUUAGCCGUUGUGUAACUUUUGACUGGUUCAAAUGUUUUAAAGAAGGUCGGAUAUCCAUUGAAGAUGAUCAUCGUUCUGGGCGUUCAUCAACAUCAAAAUCAAAUGAUACCAUUGAUUUUGUUCAAAACAAAAUUGGAUACGAUCGAAGAUUAACUGUUAGAGAAGUAGCCAAUGAAGUUGACAUAUCAAUUGGUACUUGUCAUUCAAUUUUAUCAGAUGAAUUGGGUAUGAAGUGUCCGCAAAAUUAGUGCCAAAAUUGUUAACCAAAGAGUAAAUGGAACAUCGCAUUGAAGUGUUUGUAACUAAAAAAUCAAGUUUCUAAUGACUCAAGUUUUAUAAAAUCAAUUAUUACGGGUGAUGAAACAUAGGUAUAUGGAUAUGAUCCCGAAACUAAAGUUUAAUCAUCGCAAUGGAAGACCACACAUUCACCUCGUCCAAAACAGUGUCGUCAGGUCCGGUCAAAUAUCAAAGCAAUGCUCAUUGUUUUUUAUCGAUAUUUUGGUUUAGUCCAUUAUGAGUUUGUACCUACGGGUCAGACAAUAAAUCAAGUGUUCUAUAAACAAAUGUUUGAACAUUAAGAGAGAAAGUACGCCGUAAAAGACUAGAACCGUGGAAAUCAAAGUCGUGGUUUUUGCACCAUGAUAAUGCACCAGCGCAUUCAACACUUUCCAUACGUGAAUUUUUGGCAUCUAAAAAUGUACUAAUGAUACCUCACCCACCAUAUUCACCUGACCUAGCUCCCUGUGACUUUUUUUUGUUUCCAAGACUAAAAAGUACCCUUAAAAGCCACAGAUUCCAAGACGUUGACGAAACUAUCCAUAAAGCAACACAAGAGCUAAAGGCUAUAACUAUGGAGGAAAUUCAAAGGUGUUUCAAAAAGCUAAAGAACACUAUUUUGAAGGUGAUCCAUUUAAAUAGUUUGUAA